AUACGUUACAUCCGGUCUGUCUCAUCUCGCUAGCAGUCAUGGCUGCGUUUGGUGAAAUGGGCGUUAUGCCAGAAAUCGCGCAAGCAGUUGAGGAGUUGGAUUGGCUCCUCCCGACUGACAUCCAGGCGGAGUCUAUUCCAUUAAUUCUUGGAGGAGGAGACGUCCUUAUGGCGGCUGAAACAGGCAGCGGCAAAACUGGCGCCUUCAGCAUCCCUCUGAUCCAGAUUGUGUAUGAGACCAUGAAGGACCAGCAGGAAGGGAAGAAGGGCCGAGCCGCCGUCAAGACUGGGGGUGCAGUGUUCAGUAAAUGGCAGAUGAACCCUUAUGACAGAAGCACAGCUUUUGCUAUCGGUCCAGAUGGUAUGUGUUGCCAGAGCCGUGAGUUCAAGGAAUGGCACGGCUGUCGUUCAACCCAGGGCGUCACUAAAGGGAAGUACUACUACGAGGUGUCUUGUCAUGAUCAGGGGCUGUGCAGAGUUGGCUGGUCAACAAGUCAGGCUGCACUGGAUUUAGGUACUGAUAAAUAUGGCUUUGGCUUUGGAGGGACCGGGAAGAAAUCCAACAACAAGCAGUUUGACAGCUAUGGAGAGGAGUUCACAAUGCACGAUACUAUUGGAUGUUACUUGGAUCUAGACAAAUCUCAGAUGUCCUUCUCUAAGAAUGGUAUUGACCUGGGCCUGGCCUUCACCAUCCCAGCACAGCUAAAAGGCCAGGCAUUCUUUGCUUCCUGUGUUCUCAAGAAUGCCGAGUUGAAGUUUAACUUUGGAGGCGAGAGCUUCAAGAACAAGCCUGCUGAGGGCUUUGUAGCUCUGGAUCAAGCACCUGAGGGACACGCGGUCAAAUCCAGCCAGACAGGGAGCGCAAAAGUAAGCCAGGUGAAGGUUAUGAAUAACGCCCCUAAGGCCAUCAUCAUUGAGCCGUCUAAAGAGUUGGCUGAGCAGACCCACCGCGUGGUCAACCAGUUCAAGAAGAAUGUGGACAACCCCAAAGUGAGGGAUCUGCUGGUGAUUGGUGGAGUGGCAGCUAAAGAGCAGCUCUCCGUGCUGGAGCAGGGGGUGGAUAUCGUAGUGGGCACGCCAGGAAGGAUGGAGGAUCUCAUCUCUACAGGGAAGCUCAACCUCUCCCAAGUCCGCUUCUUUGUGCUAGACGAGUGUGAUGGUCUUCUGUCGGCGGGCUACACAGACUUCAUCAUGAAGAUCUACAACCAGAUCCCCCAGGUCACCUCUGAUGGGAAGAGGCUUCAGGUGAUUGUUUGCUCUGCGACGCUGCACUCGUUUGACGUGAAGAAGCUGUCUGAGAAGAUCAUGCACUUCCCCACCUGGGUGGACCUGAAGGGAGAGGACUCUGUCCCUGAGACCGUCCAUCACGUGGUGGUCCCCGUUAACCCCAAAUCUGACCGCCUCUGGGAGAAGCUGGGCAAGAACCACAUCAGGACUGACGAGGUUCAUGCCAAGGACAACACACGACCAGGAGCCAACAGCCCAGAGAUGUAUUCAGAGGCCAUUAAGAUCCUGAAGGGGGAAUACACAAUCCGUGCCAUCAAGGAGCACAAGAUGGACCAGGCCAUCAUCUUCUGCAGGACCAAGAUCGACUGCGACAACAUGGAACAGUACUUUGUCCAACAGGGGGGAGGACCAGAUAAAAAAGGCCACCAGUUGUCCUGUGUCUGUCUCCAUGGUGACCGCAAGCCAAAUGAACGCAAGAGCAACCUGGAGCGAUUCAAGAAACAGGAAGUGAAGUUCCUGAUCUGUACAGAUGUGGCAGCUAGAGGCAUCGACAUCCACGGUGUGCCCUACGUGAUCAAUGUCACCCUGCCUGAUGAGAAACAGAAUUACGUUCACCGCAUUGGCAGAGUGGGUCGAGCUGAGAGGAUGGGGUUGGCCAUCUCUCUGGUUGCCAUGGAGAAGGAGAAGGUGUGGUACCACGUGUGUGCGAACCGAGGAAGAGGAUGCUACAACACCAGGCUGAAGGAGGAUGGAGGAUGCACCAUCUGGUACAAUGAGAAGCAGCUGUUGUCUGAGGUCGAGGAGCAUCUGAACUGCAUCAUCACACAGUGUGAGCCUGACCUCAAAGUUCCCGUGGACGAGUUUGACGGCAAGGUGACAUACGGCCAGCGCAGAGCAACAGGAGGUGGUAGCUAUAAGGGUCAUGUGGAUAUCCUGGCUCCGACUGUGCAGGAGUUGGCCAACCUGGAGAGAGAGGCUCAGACAUCCUUCUUACACCUGGGAUACCUGCCCAACCAGCUGUUCAAAGCCUUCUAAACAUACACACAGACACACAUACAGACACACACUCACACACACACACACACAGAGACACACAUACAGACACAUAGUGAGAGAGAGUCUCUGCCCACCCAGCUGUUCAAAGCCUUCUAACACACACACACACAGGGUCGCUGCCCAACUUGCUGUUCAAAGUCUCCUAUGACCAACAGACAGACGCACACACACACACACACACACACACACACACACACACACACACACACACACACACACACACACACACACACACCGGGUCCCUGCCCAGACAGCUGUUCAAAAACACAAAUAAACACAUACACACACCUGGGACACCUGUCCAAACAGCAGCUGUUCAAAACUAACACACACACUUUGAGGAUCUCUGCCCAAUCAGCUGUUCAGAGUGUUCAAAGCGUGUCUGCCUCAGAAUACACAUACCAACUUGAACAACUGUUCCAAUCUUACACACACACGAACAGCUGCGUGUGUAUCCAGUAGCUCAAAGCUCCUGAUCUCCUCAAGUGACCAUGACAAUGUUGGUGAUACACAGCCCCACAUUGCAGUCCCCCCCUAAUAGGCGUGCUCUCUCUCUCACAGCAACCGCUAACGUACCCCUCUGUCCAUCAGUAGAGAAAGUCACGAGAGAACCUUCAGAAUCUUCUGUUUACUGAAAUAAAUAACCCCGACUGAAGAGCAAAGGCAAGACAGCACAUGAUUGGGUAGACAGGGGUUUUUUUUCUUCUUCUCUUUAAGUUUAUUUUUUCUGUCCUUCAAAAGGAUGAAGAUAUUCUUGAGUUGUGCUUAAUGGCUUUUGUUCCACGUAAUAAAGCUAUAGUGUGAAUGCCA